GAACUAGAUUUUGAGAUAAGUGUGCAGCAGACUCAGGUACAAGAACAUUCCAUCCUCAUUCCACUCCCUCCAUUUUUCCUCUUACGAACUCCUUUCUCUGGUCACCUUCCUCAUAACCCACGGAAAAAAAAAAAAGAAAGGACCUUGCAUUGUUUAGAGUCUCAAUUUUCAUGGAGUCGUGUUAGCAGGGAGCCAUUUCUAUGAAUUCAUGGCGUGCUGUCAGUCUUCUCAGCUUCACAUAUGGAGGAGUCUUUGUUGCUUAUGGAGAAAUGAUUCGAGGAUUAAGAUGGUUGGAAAUUUAUUAAAUUCUCGAAAAUUAGGUCUGGUUCAUCCUCCAUUAUCUCGGUCUUUGAAGGACUACUGCAAUGUAUCUCAUAACCUAGAAGCGGAUAUACCUGCAACGUCUCAAAGUGUUAUAAUUUCUUCUAAAAAUGAACCAAAGCUACCUCAAGAGGCAAUUCUUGGUUCGUUUAAACACGAACAAAGGGUAAAUGCAGAUUCUUCAAAUGGUCGAGUGAUGCUUAUUGAUGGCACUGCAAUCAUCUACAGAGCUUACUUUAAGCUUUUAGCAAGGUUGCACCACGGUCAUCUGUCACAUGCUGAUGGCAAUGGAGACUGGGUUCUAACUAUAUUUUCAGCUUUAUCUCUCAUAAUUGAUGUUCUGGAGUUUAUCCCUACCCAUGUGGCGGUUGUCUUUGAUCAUGAUGGCCUGAAUUUUCGUCAUACUCUAUAUCCUUCAUACAAAAGCAACCGUCCGCCAACACCUGAUACCAUAGUUCAAGGGCUCCCAUAUCUGAAAGCGUCAAUCAAGGCUAUGUUCAUUAAGGUGAUAGAGGUACCAGGUGUGGAAGCAGAUGAUGUGAUUGGAACAUUGGCUGUGAGGAGUGUUGAUGCUGGUUUCAAGGUACGAGUUGUCUCUCCGGACAAAGAUUUUUUUCAGAUUAUCUCUCCUUCGUUACGUCUUCUACGAAUUGCACCACGUGGCUUUGAGAUGGUCUCAUUUGGAAUGGAGGAUUUUGCUAAAAAAUAUGGAGAUUUGAAACCUUCUCAGUUUGUUGAUGUUGUUUCUCUUGCGGGUGACAAAUCCGAUAACAUUCCAGGAGUUGAAGGCAUUGGAGAGGUUUAUGCUUUGCAACUGAUCACUAAAUUUGGCACAUUAGAGAAUUUGUUGCAAUCUGUUGAUCAAGUCAAAGAGGAGCGUAUCAGGAAGGCCUUGCAAACAAAUGCUGAUGUAGCUAUCCUGAGCAAGAACUUGGCCCUGCUACGAUCGGAUCUACCCUUCUACAUGGUACCCUUUAUGACAAGAGAUCUCACAUUUAAGAAGCCAGAGGACAAUGGAGAGAAAUUCACAAGCCUCUUGAAUGCUAUCAGUGCUUAUGCAGAGGGAUUUUCAGCUGAUCCAAUAAUCAGAAGAGCGUAUAAUUUGUGGAAUAAGCUUGAAGCGCGGUGAUUUGUUGUGUUGUGCAUUCAGAAGCAAAGUGUUUGGUAGAAUUCCACAGUUGAAAAUUCAAUAUUUUGAGCAAUUUUGACAUGAAGGAUGUUGAUAUUAUGUGAACAGGAUCUACCAUUUACUGAGAAUCCAUAGAUUAAUAGAAAGUUAUUAUUGGUCCCUGAAA